CAUAUAAAAAGAUUAUUCUUUAUUAAAAGUUGUUAACAAUCAUUUAUAAUAAUUGUUGUUACAUAUAAAAUCUUAACAAAAACUCCCAUAAACUGAGAAAAAAUAGUAAUUGUAAUUCGUAUUAGAUGAAUGGUAUUUGUAAUGAAUCACGAUUUGUACGACAUUCUUACUAGUUGUCCAACUAUUAAGAGUAAUAGGUAUUCAGUCUGUAUCUACUUGUGAUAGAAGAUGGAUAUCUACAAGAAAGUAUUUACAAUAUCGAAAUUAUUGUCCAAAAUAAACCGGUGGUAUCGAGCGUUCUUUAUAUUUGUCGUAGCACAGUUAAACUUAGUACCUGGAGGUCAAGUAGGAUUUCAGUGUAAUGAUCCUGCUUUAUCCCAUCCCUACACAGGAGACACAGUUAAUUGGAAAUGGCUGAUUGGUAUAACUAUACUUUUACCUUUGGUUGUGUUACUCAUCACAGAAAGGCAGCAAUACAACCAUGAAAUAGCCAAGAAGCAAGCAUUUUGUUGGUGUAAAGAGUAUUUAUAUGGCUUUCUAUUAAACUUGACUAUUGUUCAGGCAAUAAAGCUAAUUGUUGGUUCCCCUAGACCACAUUUUUUUGAAACUUGUGAACCCAAUGAAGCUCUGACAUGUAAAGAGUCAGAAUAUGUAUCCAGUUAUACAUGUACUACAGCACAUUGGUUACAACAGUCAAACAAGAGCUUCCCUUCCGGUCACACAUCCCUAGCAGUCUAUGCUGCUGUGUUCAUUACGUAUUACUUGUAUCGAAGAGGGAGAACCUUGAACUCAAAGAUGGUUUCCACGGUGCAGAUAGUUAGCUUGAGUAGUGCAGUACUAUGUAGUUUCUCCCGUAUUUGGGACAGACGUCACCAUUGGUGGGAUGUAAUAGCUGGUGCAGUGAUAGCAUUGCUCUUACUUGUGUAUACUAUAUCUACGCUGUGCAAUGACUUUUACUGUUCAAGUCCAAAGAGUCAAGUAAAUAAGGAACAGGACAUGCCUGUAAAGAAUGAAACGGAUACAUAAUAUAGAACAUAUUAUUUAAUUUUAGUAUAAAACCCAAAAUCCUUAGCUUGAUUUUAGUAGGAUAUAAGUGAAAUGUAUUUACUCUGAGCUGUGACUAUCGUUAAUUUUUUAUGUCCCUUUAUUUAUUUACUACUUCUCAAGUUUUUUUUUUAAUCUUAGUUCUUACUCUUGUCAUUAAUAUUACUAAAAUAUACAUGUAUACAGGAAUAUGCACCUAGGUAGAAUUUAUACUAGAUUAUAUCUACAUAUUAGCUAAUUCCAAUAAUUUUAUAUUUGGAGUCAAGAAACAAAUUAAAAAAAUAAUAAUUUAAAGUGCUACAAUGGCAGUUACAAAUAGGAAUCAGCCUUACAUAAUUUCAUUGGUUUUUACAUAAACUUAUUGUGAUUAGCUAUUUGAUAUUGAGCUAGAUGAAGCUACAAACAUUAUGUGGUUAUAGGUCUUUCUAGAAAAUACAUAUAAUGAGAAAUUAUAGACAUGUCCAUUCCGUGUCAGCUAUAAUUAGAAUAUAAGGAUUAUGUAUUUUUAUACACAUUAAAUCACACUUACCAA